UUUUAAAUACUUCUCCCCAAAGCUACCAACGCUUGGUUCAUGGCGUUUUGUGUUUCACGCGUUAGAAAUUUCCAGUCGAAGUCACGUAGUUUAAUCCUCUGUUAACCCAUGGAGCUAUCGGGUUAUCUUAUAAAUUCUUUUUUUGGCGUUUGACAAGACCAAAGAGUCAAAUUGCCAUCAUAAAGCUAAUCUUAGUGUGGAAGCUAGCAAACUUCCUCUUCUCCAGGGAAUAAGAGGCAGCUCUGUUUCUUCUUCUCAUCUGUGUGUUUCAUCACUUACAGCUCGUCGUGUUUUCUCGCUGACAUGGUGUCCUCCUUGGUGAAACUCUGUGCCCGGGAGGUAGUGAGUGACCGCAGCUCGUCACCCUCCUGGUUGAGGUGGGUGCCCAGGGAGCUGUUCAGCCCGCUGCUGGAGGCCGCCUUCAGCAGCUGCAGACCGCUGGCUGUGGGUGAGCUGGUGCAGAGGUGGCCCGAGCGCAGCCUGCGAGUUGGAGGAUGGAGGAAACAAGGACAAACCGCGCCGAGUCGACUCUGCGUCCAGGCUCUUUUACUGGCAGUUGUCAGAGGAUUGUCGGACCAAAGAUGUGCUCUGCAACUACUCGACCUCUGUGGGCUCCAAGGAGAUGAAGGAGUGACAGGAGACCCGAUGGGUGGCUGGUCUCUGACUGUAGCUCUCUGCACCAUGGUGGUUCAAGCCCGAGGUGGGGCUCAUACACCAAAGAGGAGAGACGGAGAGCGUGAAAGAAAAAGGUUCUCGGCCCUGGAGAGAGAAAAGGACUUGAAAAGAGAAAGGGGAGAACCAAACUGGGAUGAGGCAAGCAAUGACAAGGAAAUGAUGGCAUCAUUGAGAGGCUUGGGUGAAGAUGAGAAAGGUAGAGGAAUCAGGAGGAGGAUGGAGAUAGAGAGAAGAAGACACAGCACAUUGGGAGGAUUAGUGGUCAGCAAAAAGGACAACGAGGAAAAAGACCCAGGAAGUGAUGUGUUGGUGGACGUGAGAGCUGAUCUCUUUGUUAAUUCUCGCUCUUGGGAACGUGUCCGUGUGGCUCUCAGCACAUCAGGGCCCCUCAAGCUUCAGUGCAGGUAUCUUCGUGUGGAGGAAAUCUCUGUGUCAAGUAUCAGGACUCUGCUGGCCCUCCUGCCCCGCCAAGGUCUCGUGGGCAUCGACGUUCGUUACAGCUACCUCGGUGUGGCUGGUUUAGCCGAGCUUCUGCCUCUGCUCUCCACCUUCCCUGCACUGAAUUCCCUCCAAAUGCACUACUGUAACUUAGACUUUCGUCGGGACCACCCAGGACAAGAGGAGACACUGAGGGACUUAUCACAGGGUCUGGCACAGCUAAAAGAGCUGCAACGCCUCAGCCUCACUGCUGUGCGCCUGCCAGGACAACUUUGCGUGCUGCUCAGCUCACUUCCUCAGCCUCUGAAGAUCCUGGAGCUGCCAUAUCUGAGCCUAACUCCAUCUGACCAUGCCUAUCUGUCCUGCAGCCACCACGCCUCCACUCUGCAGCAGCUGGAUCUCAGUGAGAACUGUAUGGAUGAAAACAUGCUGCCCUCUGUUCGCCGUCUCCUCUCCCAGGCCUCCGGCAGCCUGCAGCACCUCUCUCUGAGUGGCUGUGGUCUGACUGACGGCCUGCUGGGACUCCUGCUGCCCUCACUGGGAGGCUGCUUGGCCCUCAAGAGCUUAGUUUUGGCUCUGAAUCCGCUCUCCCUGUCCGGCCUCACAGAACUGAUGAGGACGGCUGUGAGGAUGCCAUCACUCCGUCAUUUACUUUACCCUUGCCCACUGGAGGAUUUUCAGCCGGGCCUUCCUAACCUGCCCUCCAGUGCCCAGCUCUUAGACUGGCCUUUUGAUGAAACAAUAGACAUCCUCACCACCAUCAACCAUCUCAACAGGCUGCUGAUAGAUGCUGGACGCUCUGAACUCUUCCUGACCUGUGAUCUGCUCAAUUAUGAUCAAGACUGGGUUGAAUAGAGCAUAAGUGAGGGGCAGCUAAUCAAGCCUGACAAUCACUGUAAAUCACUGAGUUUCUUUUAUCUGUUUAUCAACAUUUGUGCUGUUUGAAGGAUUUACAUAUUCAUGUAUGCCUUUUCUUGCUUUUAAUGGAUACACAACUCCUUACCAUAAUCGGUAAGCACCAAAGAAAGUAUUUACUUAUUGUUGCCAGCAUGAAUGGUAAGACAACAUUUUGGUGGAAGACCUAAUAAACCAUGUUUUAAUAAAAAGGUGCCAUGAGA